UUCAGUGUAUCGCGUGCAUAGUACUCGCAUCCUGUACAUAGUGCGGCGUCUAAAGUUGUUGGUGCCGGUUUGUUGUGUGAAAUACAAUUGAAUUCGCUUUCCGGUCGAGAAAAAGAGAAUUAACAUUUUAUGAGAGAUUAAAGAUGAUCGUUCGCACCAUUUGGACAUUAAUUCUAUACACAGCAGUGGAAUGUCACACAGGAUGUUCACCAUUGUACGGUCAUGAACCAUGCAGCUUUUUGCCGGCUCCACCAGGAAAGACUCCACCCUGUGCCAGACCUGGCCACACCUACUGCGAAUACCCGGACCAUUACCCAGGGAGGUUGAUACAUUAUCUCAUACAGAAGUGGAGGUACGACCAUACGAGUUAUCUGAGCGAUGAGACGAAAGAGGAGUUUUCAUCAUACAUUUUCCCCCAACCCAAGCCGGAAUAUGGACCUCCUGGCUACCAAAGUUUCGGCCCCAACGGCAUUAACGGUCAGCAGUCUUUUGUGCCUGAACCUAUUUACAUACCUAAGCCACAACAUCCCAUAAGGUUGGAUGACAAUGGAUACUUGCCACAACAGAACUUCUCCGCUGGUGUCUUCAAUGGAUUCCCAGACAAUAAUAAUUUGGUUUAUCAGGAACACUUGAGGAAUGGGCAGUACUACACUUACAAAUACUCCAAUAAUUUCCCUCAAGUCAACAGACCAGACUAUGGGGCAUAUUAUUAUGACCAACCACAACAAUACAGCAACCAAGUUUGGAAGAGGAAAGCCGAGGUAAAGUACGGAAGACUCAAACGUUCGUUGAGGUUCAAACGUUCACAACAAAUCCUGGACAAGAACUUCCAAAACUUGUCGUCCAACAAGACUUUAACAAUCGAAAGAAGACGUAGACAAGCCAAUCUAUCCGGUGAGCCCCUUUGUAGGUCCAGAUCACAGUUCAUCAUGCCCAGGGCGGCCCUAAACAACAAAGGCAACUGGAUGUACAUCGUCAACAUGCCCGAAGUGGACAACCGAUACACCCAACUGGUCAGAAGCGAAUCCUGCGUAUCUCAGACUUGCAGUUCGAUUUGUUCGCUGCCGGCGGGCUAUACGUCGAGAUGCGAACAAAAAUACAUCCAAAAGCGUCUGGUGGCGCUCGAAGGUGGUGGAAAUCAGCUCUACACGGACGUUUUUUGGUUCCCCAGCUGUUGCGUAUGCACACUUUCGAAUAGCUAGUAUCGCUUAAGUAAAUGUUAGAUAAUGUCAGCUAUUUUUCGUACAGGCCAGCAAUUAUAUAAGCCUCGAACGUACCAUAAAGCUUUUAUUAGUAUGUAAAAAACAAUUUUAAUGUUGCGUCCUUUUGAAUUACUGCGCUUGGGUAGUUUACAAUGGAUGAAUUGUGUUUUAUUAGUCUGUUUUUAUUUUAAUGUGAGGGAUGAAUUUCCGAUGUGACUGUCAUAUACCAAUAAUUGUACAUAAUAGUUACCAUUAUGUAGAGGAUAUUUUUUUAUUAUAAUUUAUUAUUUUUAUACCAUACAGUUUUCAUAUAGUUUUAGUUAAUUGUGAUUUAUUAAAAUUAUGUUAUCAAUUUAUUAUAAUAUACGAUAAUAAAAUAAAAUUAUUAGUUUCAA